AUGGCUAAACCUGUUGAUCCCAACAAAGAAGAUAAAUUUGCAACAGCUAUCUUAAACCGAAAAGAACGUCCAAAUCGUUUGAUCAUCGACGAUGCCGUCAAUGAUGAUAAUAGCGUUGUCGCUUUAUCGCAACAAAAGAUGGACGAACUGCAAUUAUUUCGUGGUGAUACUGUUAUGCUCAAAGGUAAAAAACGUCGCGAGACAAUCUGCAUCGUUCUCGCUGAUGAUGGUUGUCCAAAUGAUCGUAUUCGAAUGAAUAGAGUGGUCCGCAAUAAUUUACGUGUACGAUCUGGUGAUGUCGUCUCUAUUCAAGGUUGCCAAGAUGUUAAAUACGGCAAACGUAUUCAUGUCUUACCUAUCGAUGAUACUGUUCAAGGCAUUACAGGCAACUUAUUUGAGGUCUACUUGAAACCAUAUUUUGUUGAAGCUUAUCGUCCAGUACGCAAAGGUGAUGUGUUCAUUGUUCGUGCAGCUAUGCGUGCUGUUGAAUUUAAAGUUAUUGAAACUGAACCAAGUCCAUAUUGUAUUGUUGCACCAGAUACAGUCAUCCAUUGUGAAGGUGAUCCAAUCAAACGCGAAGAAGAAGAAGCAUCAUUGAAUGAAAUUGGUUAUGAUGAUAUUGGCGGUGUUAGAAAACAAUUAGCACAAAUUAAGGAGAUGGUUGAAUUACCAUUACGUCAUCCACAGUUAUUCAAAACGAUUGGUGUCAAACCACCACGAGGUAUUCUCUUGUAUGGACCUCCUGGCACAGGUAAAACCUUGAUUGCACGUGCCGUGGCCAAUGAAACAGGUGCAUUCUUCUUUCUCAUCAAUGGACCGGAAAUUAUGUCGAAAUUAGCUGGUGAAUCGGAAUCCAACUUACGUAAAGCAUUCGAAGAAGCAGAAAAGAACUCGCCAGCCAUCAUCUUCAUUGAUGAACUCGAUGCUAUUGCACCAAAACGUGAAAAAACCCAUGGUGAAGUUGAACGUCGUAUUGUUUCGCAAUUGUUAACUUUAAUGGAUGGUCUUAAACAACGUUCGCAUGUUAUUGUCAUGGCUGCGACAAAUCGACCAAAUUCGAUCGAUCCAGCACUUCGUCGUUUCGGUCGUUUCGAUCGUGAAGUCGACAUUGGUAUUCCAGAUGCUGUUGGUCGUCUUGAAAUUCUUCGUAUUCACACGAAAAACAUGAAAUUAGGUGAUGAUGUCGAUCUCGUUCAGAUUGGCAACGAAACACAUGGUUAUGUUGGUGCUGAUUUGGCAUCAUUAUGCUCUGAAGCUGCUUUACAGCAAAUCCGUGAAAAAAUGGAUGUCAUCGAUUUAGAAGAAGACACGAUCGAUGCCGAAGUUCUUGAUUCGUUGGCUGUAACUCAAGAUAACUUUCGAUUUGCACUCAAUCAAUCAAAUCCAUCAGCUCUACGUGAAACUGUUGUCGAAGUACCAACAACAACUUGGGAAGACAUUGGUGGUUUAGAAAACGUCAAACGAGAAUUACAGGAACUUGUUCAAUAUCCAGUUGAACAUCCAGAGAAAUUUCUUAAAUUUGGCAUGACACCUUCACGUGGUGUUCUCUUCUACGGACCACCGGGUUGUGGUAAAACACUAUUAGCCAAAGCUAUUGCUAAUGAAUGUCAAGCAAACUUCAUUUCCGUCAAAGGUCCCGAAUUGUUAACUAUGUGGUUUGGUGAAUCCGAAGCUAAUGUUCGUGAUGUAUUUGACAAAGCUCGCCAAGCCGCACCAUGUGUGCUCUUCUUCGAUGAAUUGGAUUCAAUCGCCAAAGCUCGUGGUGGCAGUGCUGGUGACGGUGGUGGUGCAGCUGAUCGUGUUAUCAAUCAAAUUCUAACUGAAAUGGAUGGUAUGGGUGCAAAAAAGAAUGUCUUUAUCAUUGGCGCAACCAAUCGACCCGACAUUAUCGAUUCAGCUAUUCUCCGACCAGGUCGUCUCGAUCAAUUGAUUUAUAUUCCAUUACCCGAUGACAAAUCACGUAUGGCUAUUUUGAAAGCUGCUCUACGCAAAUCACCUAUUGCUAAAGAUGUCGAUAUGAAUUUAUUGGCUAAUGUGACAAAAGGUUUCAGCGGUGCCGAUUUAACUGAAAUUUGCCAACGAGCUUGUAAAUUAGCCAUUCGAGAAUCAAUCGAAAAAGAAAUCAGCCGUGAUAAAGAACGUCAGCGAAAUGGACAAACCGCAAUGGAUUCCGAUGAACCCGAUCCAGUGCCAGAAAUUCGUCGUGAUCACUUCGAAGAAGCAAUGAAAUUUGCUCGACGAUCAGUUAGUGACAAUGAUAUACGUAAAUAUGAAAUGUUUGCUCAAACAUUACAACAAUCACGUGGUUUUGGUUCACAAUUUCGUUUUCCUGAUCAACAGCAACAACCAUCGCAAGGUGCUGGAGGCAAUGCUGGUCAAGGUGGCAAUCGCGGUGGAAAUAACGAUGAUGAUGAUUUAUACAAUUAA